AUGCGCGUCCACAUCCAUCAUUUAUAUAUCGUCGUUGGCUGGUCUUUUGUCGUCCUGAUCAAUCCCUGCACUGUUUGUUCUCAGAGUCGACCCGAAAUAGACCAUGGUGCAUCUAUUUCUUUGUCAUACUUUUCCCCAAUAAAAUUCUAUACAAAAUUUUAUCGUUCCCCUGGCAUCUAUCUAUCUAUCUAUCUAAUAUCUAUUAUCUAUCUAUCUAUCUAUCUAUCUAUCUAUCUAUCUAUCUAUCUAUCUUGCAUAGCAACUGAUCUCCCUCGGUAUUUGCCAACGCGAUAUUCUUUGAAUGCAAGGAACGCCCGGAAUAUUUUGACACUUCAUUUUCCCGACGAAAUAAGCUGCGUGAUUUUACACAAGUUCAACCUUCACUUUUUCUGUUCCUUCAUUGCUUUCAGAUAUUCUUUCUUCUACUUUUAUUACUUCCUUCUUUUUAACCCCCCCCCAUCUCUCUUCACCUUUUUCCUCAUUUCUCAGCAUUCUUUGCUUCUGUACUUCAAUUAUUCUUUCAUUUCACAGUUUUCCCACUCUCUCUUUUUUAUUGAUACUUUACCUCAUUUUCUUUUUUUUUCUCUAUCUUUUUUCCAUUCUUUAACCAACGUUUUUACUUUCGACGUUACCUUUAUUAUCUUAGCAUUUUCCCCUCUCUUUUCACUGCUUUCUUUUCACUGCUUUCUUUUCACUGCUUUCUUUUCUAGUUUUCACUUCCCCCAUCAGUUUUUUUUAAAUUUUCCAUUGAUUUGCUUCUUCCUCUUUUUUAUUCUUUCGUUGCCACUCCUCAUUUUACAUAUGUUUAUUUUAUUUUUUUUUAUCUCCAUUCUUUCUAUCCCUUUUGCUUUCUUUAAGCUUUCGUUUUUAUUUUUCCUUCCAAUUUUUUUUUUGCCUUUCUCUGUUUACUUUUCAUUUUUUACGCGUCUACCUCUAUUUUCCUCAUCUUGUAUCUUUUUUUUCUUUCCAGUUUCAAAAACUUCCCCGCCGUUGUUUUUUCUUGUCUGUUCCUUUUUUUCUUUAACUCAUUUCUUUUCUCCUACAGUUUCUCAGUGUCAUCCCAGUUCAUUUUCCUUUACUUCGAUUAUCUUCCAUACUUUUAUUCUCCCUCUCUUUCUAUCAAUAUAUAUUUUCCUAUCAUCUUCUCUUUCUCUCUCUCUCUCUCUCUCUCUUUCUUUCUUUCUUUCUUUCGUUCUUUUUGUAUAUCUGUCUUCCUUUCUUUCUUCCUCGAACCUGUACUCUACUUCUUUUCUUCUUUAA